AUGACACUGCCACCACAGAGGAUCCUGAAUGAAACAGCCAUCACAGAAUUUAUCCUCCUAGGACUCUCUAACAACCCUGAGACCCAGAUUAUUCUCUUUGGCUUCUUUCUUGUAAUUUAUCUGGUGGCACUUAUUGGAAACAUUUUAAUUUUUCUCAUAAUCAGUUUGGACAACAGACUUCACAACCCCAUGUAUUUCUUUCUGGCCAAUCUUUCUGUAGUGGACAUUGGGUACACAACCUCCACAGUCCCUAAGAUGCUGAUGAAUUACUUAUCUCAGGUCAAGAGUAUUUCCCUAGCUGGCUGCUUCUCUCAGAUGUACUUCUUCAUCUCCUUUGGUGGCAUCGAGUGCCUUCUGCUGGGUGUCAUGGCAUAUGACCGCUACGCAGCCAUUUGCCACCCACUGCACUAUAGUGUCCUCAUGAGCCGAAAAGUGUGUGCCUGGCUCGCAGCAGCUGCUUGGAUCCUUGGCUUGUCUAACUCAGGUGUGCACUCAGGCCUGAUGUCCCAUUUGUCCUUCUGUCGGGACAAUGUCAUCCAGCACUUUUUCUGUGACAUCCCACCCCUAUUCCAGCUCUCCUGUUCUGACACUCAGGUCAAUCAGAUUGCUACUUUUGUGGUGGGUGGAGGUGUGAUCAUGGGUUCCUUCCUGGUUACUCUGGUGUCUUAUGUCUACAUAGUCUUGACCAUCCUAAGGAUCCGCACCAAAGAAGGGCGGCUCAAGGCAUUUUCCACCUGUGCUUCACACCUGACUGUAGUCAAUAUUUAUUUUGGUACCAUCAUCUUCACAUACAUCCGUCCCAACUCCACUUACUCCCAGGAGCAGGACCGGGCAUUGCCUGUGCUCUAUGGGAUCCUCACACCAAUGCUUAAUCCAAUCAUCUACAGCUUGAGAAACAAGGAUGUGCAAGGGGCUUUCCGAAAAAUCAUGCAAAGAACUUGA